AUGAUGAGUGCAGUGGCUCCGUCACACAGUGGUGCUGGUGCUGUUCCUAUUUCCAAUGCGAGCUCAUCUAGCUCACGCGAAGCUCGUAUUGCUACUCAUUCUCAUAUCAAGGGUCUCGGCCUCGAUGAGUAUGGUGUAGCUCUACCAAGUGCCCGCGGCUUUGUAGGCCAAAAGUCAGCGCGGGAGGCCUGUGGUCUAGUGCUCGAUUUGAUCCGCCAAAAGAAGUUUGCUGGUCGUGCACUUCUGCUUGCGGGAGGUCCCGGCACGGGAAAAACUGCUUUGGCGCUUGGUAUGGCGCAUGAACUUGGCCACAAGGUGCCAUUCUGCCCCAUGGUUGGAUCUGAAGUGUACAGCUCUGAGGUAAAAAAAACCGAAGUUUUGAUGGAGAAUUUCCGACGUGCUAUUGGACUUCGAGUGCGUGAGACCAAGGAGGUGUACGAAGGUGAGCUGACUGAGCUCACGCCCACGGAGGCAGAGAACCCAUUGUCUGGCUACGGCAAGACCAUUGUGCACGUGGUGAUUGCACUCAAGACUGUCAAAGGAACCAAACAACUGCGAUUGGAUCCUAGCAUUUACGAGAGCAUUUUGAAAGAGCGUAUUACUGUUGGUGAUGUCAUCUACAUCGAGGCGAACACCGGCGCGGUAAAGCGUGUCGGUCGCUCUGAUGCGUAUGCAACCGAAUUCGAUUUGGAGGCAGAUGAGUACGUGGCGCUACCAAAAGGAGAUGUACAGAAGCGAAAAGAGGUUGUACAGGACGUUACUUUGCAUGAUCUCGACAUGGCAAAUGCUAAGCCGCAGGGUGGUCAGGAUAUCAUGAGUGUAGUAAGCCAGCUCGUCAAGGGUCGCCGAACGGAAGUAACAGACAAGUUGCGCAAUGAGAUCAACAGGGUCGUUGACAAAUAUAUCCAACAGGGCAUUGCCGAACUUGUACCUGGUGUUCUUUUCAUCGACGAGGUUCACAUGCUUGAUAUGGAAUGUUUCACGUACUUGAAUCGGGCUCUGGAGUCAACCAUUAGCCCACACGUGAUUCUCGCUACGAACCGUGGUCAAUCGACAGUGCGGGGUACAGAAUUUGAAGGCGGUCUGAGUGCAGGUGUUGUGGCUCCACACGGCAUUCCCCUCGACUUGCUCGAUCGCUGCAUGAUCGUUCGCACUCUUCCGUAUGUUGAAGAUGAAAUCCGUCAAGUUAUUCGUAUUCGCACUGCGACAGAGGGCAUUGCUGUGAGCGAAGAUGCUUUGAACAAGCUCACCGAGCUAGGUAAGCGAACUUCGCUGCGCUUUGCAUUGCAGCUUUUGGCUCCCGCAUCUGUGCUGACCAAUGUGAUGGGUCGCUCUGAAAUCACGGUCGAGGACAUUGAGCAGACCACGGAGCUGUUCCUUGAUGCUCGCUCUUCUGCUCGCCAACUUGCUGAUGUGCGAAGCGAUGCUGCCGCUCCUUCUGCUGGAGAAAAUGCUAUGGAUGUGGCAUAG